AGAACCGAACUCGUGGAACUAGUCGGAAUAAAACGCUUCAAGAUGCGGUUAUUCUCGAAGAGAACCGCUUUUCUCUUACCGUUUCUCGUUCUUCGAUGCAGUGAAGUUUUCGGAGCCGGUGAUAAAAGUCGGGAAAAGUGUAAGGAAUACGCAAAUUUCGUCUACGUAGAUGAGGAGAUUCCGGUUCUGCGAAUCAAUGCUGGUACAAGUUCCGUAUCGCGUUGCGGUAUCGUCGAGAUUCCACUUAUAAUAGGCGGAUCAAAGGCUGCUAGAAAAGAAUUUCCACACAUGGCUCUGAUUGGUUUCGGUGAUUCCACCAUCUCCUGGCAGUGCGGAGGAUCUCUGAUCUCCGAAAGCUUCGUCUUGACCGCUGCUCACUGCUUGGAGUCUCGUGACGCAGGACCGGCAACUAAGGUGAGAGCUGGAUUAACGAACCAGAAAAAUCCGGAGGACGGAAUGCAGGAAAGAAACGUCGCGGAAAGGAUCAAGCAUCCGAAAUAUCAGAUGCCUGUUCGCUACCACGACGUAGGCUUGAUCAAGGUCGAUGAGCCGUUCGAUCUGAAUGCAGAAAUUCGCCCAGCUUGUCUUCAUACUGAGAAUGAUCUUCCCGGCACAAAAGGAAUAGCGACUGGCUUCGGAAAGCAAGCUUUCGAGGGCGAAAAAGGCAGCGACGAUCUCAUGAAGGUGCAGCUGACUUACAUAGCGGAAAACGAUUGCGAGAAAACUUUCAAAGUGGAUAUUGGCGGAAAACAACUGCCCGACGGUUUGAUAUCAAGCUUAAUCUGCGCCGGUGAAUUGGGCGGUGGUAAAGACACUUGUCAGGGUGACAGCGGCGGGCCUCUUCAGCAUGUCCUAACCGAUCCCUAUUGCAUGUACAGCAUAGUAGGUGUAACAAGUUUCGGAAAAUUUUGUGGUUUCAAAAAUUCACCAGCCAUAUACAGCAGGGUCAGUUCAUUCAUUGACUGGAUCGAGAGCAACGUGUGGCCGUGAAAAAGUUUUUAUUGUUAUCCUUACUCUUUUAUGGUUUAUAAUUUUAAUUUUUCG